UCACCUCACUUUCUAUCAUCUGCUUCAAAAUCACAAUCCAGGUAAUCAAAUGGCAGCAACUUCCACCUUUCACUUUCUUUCUCGCUUUCGAUUCACCACCAAGCUUCGACCUUACCCAUCUCAUCAUCCAAUCCCAUUUCCCUUCUCCCUCACCCCCAAUCCCACAACUCAGAAACCUAGUCGAUUCCGAUUGCUGUCAAUGGCUGCGGAACCGAAGGAAUCGCCUGCUAACAACCCCGGUCUCCAUGAAACUCCAGAUGAAGCUACUAAGGGUUACUUCAUGCAACAAACUAUGUAUAGAAUCAAAGACCCCAAAGUGAGCCUUGAUUUUUAUUCUCGCAUUCUGGGCAUGUCUUUGCUUAAGAGACUGGAUUUUCCUGAGAUGAAGUUCAGCUUGUACUUUAUGGGGUAUGAGGAUACAACAGCAGCUCCAAGUAAUUCAAUUGAUAGGACUGUUUGGACCUUUUCUCAGAAGGCUACAAUUGAACUGACACACAAUUGGGGUACUGAAAGUGAUCCAGAGUUCAAAGGGUACCACAAUGGCAAUUCUGAACCUCGUGGUUUCGGACACAUUGGCAUAACUGUUAAUGAUACCUACAAAGCAUGUGAAAGAUUUCAGAAUCUGGGAGUUGAGUUUGUUAAGAAACCAGACGAUGGGAAAAUGAAAGGGAUAGCAUUUAUCAAGGAUCCUGAUGGAUACUGGAUUGAACUCUUUGAUCGAAAAUCAAUCGGAGCUGUAACACAAACUGCUUAAGAUAAGACCUUCAGAUCAACAACGGCUUGUGAAGUUCUGUGAGUAAAUGCGUCCGAAUGUAGGAACGGCUGUUAUUAUAUUCAAUCAGUUGUUCUGUCUUUGUUCUGCAUUGCACUUUAGACCUUAAAAAUAAGUGUUAUAUCAGUUGUUGUGGUCUUGUGGAGCAUGUUUGGAUAAUAGUAUGCUAGCUAUGGUUUGAUUCAGGCGAAAGAUAAGUUGGUGGUGUUUCAAUGCCAACUCAAAUUCAGCUACUAGCUCAUUCCCCUUGUAGACCACUAUGCUUUUGGUACACAAAAAAAUAAAAUUUAUGAUGAAAUUUAUUCAA